AUGAGUGUUGUUUCCGAGCUGGAAUUUGCUAAUAAAUUCCAGAGCUUGAUAAACUUUGUCUGUCCCGAGAGAACAACCAGGGAAAUAAAAUACACAAACUGUGGAUUCGGACAUAUAAAUACUCCGGUGUUUUACCGUGGCGGCGAGCGGUCCAUUGUCAGCUUGACUAUCAAGUCUCUCCGUGCUCCUAAAUUCGAGCACGAAUUUAAGUUCGAUUCUACGACCUCGAUUUACAAGGUGAAGGAGGAGCUGGCAAAAACAAUUGGCAGUUCUCCGGACCAUCUCACAUUGAUGCUCAAGACGAAGACUGUCCAUGACGAGGACCUGCUGGAAAAGUACGCCACGGAAGGAUCGUUGAAAUUGAAUGCCAUAGUGAAAGCCAAGCCAGAAUCUACAGAAACGACACAUCAAGCUCCCCAGGCUACAUACGGCCUAUCACCCGAGGCAUGGGCCAAGAUCUCGCAAAUUCUGGAGUCGGAGAUCGUUGAUGAGACUGCCAGAAACCAGUACUUGCAGAAGCUGAAGAGAGUGAGAAUUUGA